AUGGAAGAGAUAAUUAACGAUUAUAGCUUAUGUCAAUAGAUUAAAAAUGAAUCAUAAUCCAGUCAAUAAGAUGAAAAGAAAUUUCAAAGAAGAAUUGUUCCCUUCUUCUUGAAUUAGUUUAAACAUUGGGCAAAGUAAAUGGAUUAUAAGAAAGUUGAGUGUUAUUUGAAAGUUAUUCAAAGUCGUAAAACUUCAAAAUAACAAAAAUGGGAAUUAGGAGAUUUGCAAAAAGUAUUCGGUCCUAUUAAUCCGAGAACUAAAUGUAUAUAGAUUGAAACUCAAUAAAGAUGGAAAGAGUUCUUAGAUUAACAGGCUGAAACGACUGUUAUCAUGAAUAAUAAAAUAAAGGAUUAACAAACAAAAGGGAAAUAUAUAGACGCAAUUCUGCAACUAAAAUAAGAGCUCUCUAAAAAAACUCCCUAUUAUAGAUUUUUGAGUAUCCCACCUAGCUUAACAUGUGAUUAUAAAAUAAACACAGAAACUUGUUUGGAUGAGCAGAAUUAAAAUGAUGUUGAGUGUUUUAUUGAGAAUUCCGAUUAAGAACGAUUAUUCACUUCCUUUAUCGAAUAAGAUAAAGAAUCUAAUUGA